AUGCCUAGCUACAUCGCCUCACCCCUCGCCGUCUCGCCCUCGCGCGAGCGGCUGCAGCUCAUCACGUCGCAAGACUUCGCCAGCCUGACCAAGACCCUGUCGUCCAAGGACCUCCAGUCGUCGCCGACCCCCAGCUACGACUACUCGCCGCGCGAGUGGGACGUCCCUGCUCCUCCGCCGCCGAGCCCCGUGAGCUUCCGCCACGAGAAGUCCAGCUCUCGCCGCUGA